AUGGGGGGCAGGGGCCCCCCAUUACGCAGGGACAGUCGUGCACAGGCCCCCACUGGCAACACCCUGGAGAACCCCAUUUUUGGAGACACUGUUGCCACCUGCCCAGCUGGUCUUGGAGGCAGUAUAGUCACCUGCCCAGCUGGUCUUGGAGGCAGUACAGCCACCUGCCGUGGUCUUGGAGGCAGUACAGCCACCUACCCAGCUGGUCUUGGAGGCAGUACAGCCACCUACCCAGCUGGUCUUGGAGGCAGUAUAGCCACUUGCCCUGGUCAUGUAGGCAGUAUAGCCACCUGCCCAGCUGGUCUUGGAGGCAGUACAGCCACCUGCCCAGCUGGUCUUGGAGGCAGUACAGCCACCUGCCCAGCUGGUCUUGGAGGCAGUAUAGCCACCUGCCCUGGUCAUGGAGGCAGUAUAGCCACCUGCCCAGCUGGUCUUGGAGGCAGUACAGCCACCUGCCCUGGUCAUGGAGGCAGUACAGCCACCUGCCCAGCUGGUCUUGGAGGCAGUACAGCCACCUGCCCAGCUGGUCUUGGAGGCAGUGCAGCCACCUGCCCAGCUGGUCUUGGAGGCAGUGCAGCCACCUGCCCAGCUGGUCUUGGAGGCAGUGCAGCCACCUGCCCAGCUGGUCUUGGAGGCAGUGCAACCACCUGCCCAGCUGGACUUGGAGGCAGUACAGCCACCUGCCCAGCUGGACUUGGAGGCAGUGCAGCCACCUGCCCAACUGGUCUUGGAGGCAGUGCAGCCACCUGCCCAGCUGGUCUUGGAGGCAGUGCUGCCACCUGCCCAGCUGGUCUUGGAGGCAGUGCAGCCACCUGCCCAGCUGAUCUUGGAGGCAGUGCAGCCACCUGCCCAGCUGGUCUUGGAGGCAGUGGAGCCACCUGCCCAGCUGGUCUUGGAGGCAAUAUAGCCACCUGCCCUGGUCUUGGAGGCAGUACAGUCACCUGCCCAGCUGGUCUUGGAGGGAAUAUAGCCACCUGCCCAGCUGGUCUUGGAGGCAGUACAGCCACCUGCCCUGGUCUUGGAGGCAGUGCAGCCACCUGCCCUGGUCUUAGAGGCAGUAUAGCCACCUGCCCUGGUCUUGGAGGCAGUAUAGUCACCUGCCCAGCUGGUCUAGGAGGCAGUACAGCCACCUGCCCUGGUCUUGGAGGCAGUGCAGCCACCUGCCCUGGUCUUGGAGGCAGUGCAGCCACCUGCCCUGGUCUUGGAGGCAGUGCAGCCACCUGCCCUGGUCUUGGAGGCAGUAUAGUCACCUGCCCAGCUGGUCUAGGAGGCAGUACAGCUACCUGCCCUGGUCUUGGAGGCAGUACAGCCACCUGCCCUGGUCUUGGAGGCAGUACAGCCGGCUGCCCAGCUGGUCUUGAAGGCAGUACAGCCACCUGCCCAGCUGGUCUUGGAGGCAGUACAGCCACCUGCCCUGGUCUUGGAGGCAGUACAGCCGGCUGCCCAGCUGGUCUUGAAGGCAGUACAGCCGGCUGCCCAGCUGGUCUUGAAGGCAGUACAGCCACCUGCCCAGCUGGUCUUGGAGGCAGUACAGCCACCUGCCCAGCUGGUCUUGGAGGCAGUACAGCCACCUGCCCAGCUGGUCUUGGAGGCAGUACAGCCACCUACCCAACUGGUCUUGGAGGCAGUACAGCCAGCUGCCCAGCUGGUCUUGGAGGCAGUACAGCCACCUGCCCAGCUGGUCUUGGAGGCAGUACAGCCACCUGCCCAGCUGGUCUUGGAGGCAGUACAGCCACCUGCCCUGGUGUUGGAGGCAGUACAGCCACCUGCCCUAACCUUGGAGGUGUUAAG